CCCCAAUCCGACUGCCUACGAUUUCGAGAUGAUCGCAACAGCAUCUCCAAGCUCUCAUCACAAGCUCACAAACACUCACCACCAUGGCGAACGGUUGGAGUAUCAUCAUCGGCCUCGUGGUAGUCUUGCUUGCCUGCGGAGCAGCAUGGUUCUUCUCACCUAAAGGAGAAACACAAACAAUCUGGCGAAGCUCUCUGAUCCUGUCCUUCGCAAGCUGUUAUAUCAUGUGGGCUAUUACUUUCCUCGCACAAUGGCAUCCACUCAUCGUACCUCGACGCGGCGACCUAAGAGCAGGUGCAAUACACGAGAGUUGAGGGAAGAGAUAUAAGGACAGUCGGGGCAUUCGCGUGGCAUAGGUGUACAUUUUUGGCGUUGAGGUUGCUGGCAGAUUACAAGGUCAGAUUUGAGAGUGGUGUA